AUGCCGCCCGGGGCCGACGCGUCCUCCCUCGCCGCCGCCGUCCUCGACGCCGCCACGCCCCCGGCCGCCGCCGCCGCCACAUCCAGAGUGCUCGACUACCUCGCCCGCCACGCCGACGACCAACCGCGGGCCUUCUUCGCCGACGCCUUCCCGUCCCUGCUCUACCGCCUCUUCGUCUCCGCCGCGUCCUCCCCAUCCUUCAUCGACCUCGCCGCCGCCGACCCCGCGCUCGCCGACCUCCUGCUCUCCCUCCUCUCCCCCAACGGUCCGCUCCUCGCCGCCGCCGCCGCCGCAGACCGCCUCGCCCUCAUCCGUUACGUCUUCCCCUCCGAGCGCCUCCCCGACUGGCUCCGCCUCGCCCUCGGGUCUCCCCCCUCCACCGACCUCGCCUCGCCGCUCCUGUCGCGCCGCGUCGCCUCCGAGCUCCACCUCUCCGUCUUCGAGUACUACCUCUUCUGGUUCGCCUACUUCCCUGUGUCGUCCGCAUCCUCUGCCGCCCCCGCCGCAUCCGCCUCCAACCCUCGACUCACCUCACGCGCCCGCCUCGAGACCUGGGUCUCUACUCUCGCCACCACGGCCAUCCGCAAACCCAGUCAGAAGCCCGAGAGCUCGCUAUACCUCAGGCUGCUCUAUGCCUACCUCAGGGAACUCGUGCCAACGCGCACUCCGCUGGGUAAGAUGCCCGGGGGCGGCACCCUGCUCCACCGGCCACCCAGAGAUGGCGCGGAUGCUAUCGACUUGUUUGCACGGGCCGAGUUCUUCCUUCACACCCUUGUCCAGUUCUGGCUUGUAGGCGAUGACUUCUCCCCUCUCCCCAUGCAGACUUGCCACGCAAUAGGUCUGCGGUUACCUUCUCGUGCUCGUGCCGACUUGAGUGAGCGGCCACCAUCACCAGGCCUGGGUGAUGCAGUGAAGCUGCUUGUCAUGUACCUCAACUGCUGUGAUGGCCGCGCAUUAGUCGAUGCGCGCAUACCAUCUCCUCAAGGAAUGCCAGUUUCCAAUGGGCUCUGCGAUACCCAGGUUGGGUUCUGGAAUCCGUUGAUACAGAGGCCUCUGUAUCGGUUUGUACUAAGGACCUUCUUAUUCUGCCCCAUCGGCGCCGUGAUAAAAAAUGCGACACAAGUCUUCUCUGUGUGGUUGGCUUACAUGGAGCCAUGGAAAGUUACCCAACAGGAGCUGGAUGGGUAUGGCAAGCAGCAAGCCGGGGAUGAGAAGGAGCCACAAACAACCAAGAUGGUGUACAAUUCAUCGUGGAGGACAUAUGUUCUGUCAAAUUACCUGUUCUACAACUCGAUGAUUGUGCAUUUCCUGGGAUUUGCGCACAAGUUCAUCCAUUCUGACGUUGCCUCAGUGCUGCUAAUGGUACACAAGGUGUUGGAGGUCUUAAGCUCUUCCCCGGAGCUAUUAGGUCUUCUCCAUAAAGUGGACGCUGCUUGUCACUCUAGGCUAGUGGCAUCAUCCCCAGCAUCUGAUGAGGUGUUGAAGUAUGUGCCAUCAAUCCAUGAACAGCUAAAGGACUGGGAGGAUGGUUUGUCAGAAAGCGAUGCAGAUGGGUCAUUGUUGCAUGAGCAUUGGAACUCUGAUCUAAGGCUUUUCAGUUAUGAUGAGAAUGGGGCUUAUAAUCUUCUUCAGCUACUUCUGAUCCGAGCAGAGUCAGAGAUACUACGCCUUCCAGGUGACACGCAACAAGCACUCCAGACGCUGGAUUCUAUCAAGUCACAGAUGAAAACAGCCUUCCAGGGCCACAUUGAAAGAAUUAAUGGGAAUACCUCGUUGGAGAAAUUACAUAAUCAACACCAUCAGGUGCGUGGGGAGGUAUUCACACCUAAGCAUCCCAGCUUGAGUAAGGGUUCUUGGGCUGAUGUUAAAUACAAAGGUGAGUGGAUGAAAAGGCCCAUCUCAGAGACUGAAGUGGCCUGGCUUGCAAGGAUUCUGAUCCGCCUCUCUGAUUGGUUGAAUGAUGCCCUGGGGCUUGACUGUGCUGAUGCUGAAGGUGGCCCUGCUGGCGCUACCUACAUUCAGUUUGAUGGCAACGAGCUGAACACGGUGGGCGGGCCAAGGGAUGCUGCGAGAAUGGCUCUUGGUGCUGUAUGUUCAUUGAUGGUGCUAGUGGGGCAAGCGGUACUGAAGUUGAUGAGGUCACGCAGGGUGAAGAUCAGUCUGAGAGUUUUUGCUUCUAAGAAGCUGCUCUCAGCCGCUGUUGUGCUGUAUGCAGGGGUGGCUGUGACACGAAAUGUUUUGGGCUGA